AUGGAAGCAACCAUCUCACUGAUUUGAUUCAUUUGCGACACGAUGCUCGUACCGGUCAGAAGUUUGUUUUUAUUGCUAGUGAUAUGGAUGCGAGGUUCAAUCGGUGCUCUGGAGCAGAAUAGUGAAGAAAGUAAAACAGAAAAAUACGAACCGACGUGGGCUAGUCUGGAUGCUCGACCUCUUCCGACCUGGUAUGAGGACGCAAAAAUUGGAAUCUUCAUACACUGGGGUGUGUACGCAGUCCCAAGUUAUGGCUCGGAAUGGUUCUGGAUUAACUGGAAGGGCUACAAGUACGAUGAAUACGUCAAUUACAUGAAAAGCAAUUACAAGCCCAGCUUCACUUAUCAGGACUUUGCAAGUGACUUUACGGCUGAGCUGUUUAACGCUACCGAGUGGGCAUUGCUCUUUGCCCAAUCCGGAGCACGGUACGUAGUGUUGACCAGCAAACAUCACGAAGGGUACACCUUGUGGCCAUCGAAGUAUACGUACAGUUGGAAUUCGGUUGAUGUCGGACCCCAUAGAGAUAUUAUUGGGGAACUUUCAACGGCUAUUCGGAAAAAUACGAAGCUUACGUUUGGAGUUUAUUAUUCGUUGUUUGAGUGGUUCAACCGUUUGUACAACGACGACAAACUACACGUUUUCCUCAAGCAUGAGUACGUUGACAAUAAGGUGUGGCCAGAGCUGAAAGAGCUUAUCAACACGUAUAAACCGGAGGUGCUCUGGAGUGAUGGAGACUGGGAAGCUCCGGAUGGCUAUUGGAAAGCAAAAGAGUUUCUUACGUGGUUAUACAACGAGUCUCCCGUACGUGAUACGGUUGUAACCAACGAUCGCUGGGGAAUAGGAACGCUCUGUCUUCAUGGAGAUUUUUACACGUGCUCCGAUCGUUAUAACCCAGGAGUACUUCAGAAGCACAAAUGGGAGAAUGCAAUGACGAUUGAUAAGAAGAGCUGGGGUCAUCGGCAGAAUGCAAAGCUUGAGGAUUUUGUCAGCUCGGCUGAAUUGAUUGGAGAAAUUGCCAGCACCGUGAGCUGCGGCGGAAAUAUCAACAUCAACGUUGGACCUACCAAGUAUGGCACAAUUGACCCCAUCUUUGUGGAGCGCUUGACCGACAUGGGAAGGUGGCUAAAAACAAAUGGUGAAGCGAUUUACAAAUCUCGACCCUGGAUCUACCAAAAUGAUACCUUAACCUCUUCUGUUUGGUACACAUCAAAGGAAGUUCAAACUUUUCACGGCAAAGAUAACUUUACCAAUGUUUAUGCCAUUGUAUUGAAGUAUCCACUUAAGUCAAACAAUGUGAUCCUGGGAGCAUUUAAUCACCUGUACAAAAAUAUAAUCCAAAUAACUAUGUUGGGAUUCAAUACUAGCUUAAAGUGGAAACCAACUGAAAACGGGAUUAUGGUGGAAUUUCCGCUGAAGAAUGAGAUUGAUCGCUUACAGCUUAACUAUGCUUGGACUUUGAAGAUAGUGCUGUCCUCGGUUUAAGUCUUAAGCUAAAGAGUGCCUUUUUCGAGCCGCAUUCUGUUUUUGCCAUAUUUCUAAUAA